UCCCUGUUAGCCGUUAGCCUGGUAGCCGGACGACCGGAGCAGAAACCGGGAAACGGUGGAGAAAAACACGGACAAGAGGAGGACAUGAGACCAGCGGAGGACGGCAGAGGCCCGCGGUGACCGGACAGAGAGUGUCCCGCCGCAGAAUCCAGCUUCCCGGACCAUGCAGUCAUCUUCCUCUCGUCCUGCUGUGUGAGAGACAGACUGUGAACCAGGAUGGGCUUCGGUCGGGAUCUCAGGAAUUCCCACGAGGGAUUACUGAAGCUGCAGGACUGGGAGUUAAAGCUGCUGGAGACAGUGAAACGCUUCAUGACUCUGCGGGUGAAAAGCGAUAAAGAGUACGCUGCCCUUCUGCUCAGCAUGACUCAGCAAACGGAGAAACAAGAGACGACAGACUACGUCAGCACCGUCAGCAAGUCGUGGUCACAGGUAGUUCGUCAGACGGAAGCGUUGGGCCGAAUAAUGAGGAGUCAUGCUGACGACCUGAACUCCGGUCCUCUACACCGCCUGGCCACGCUCAUCCGAGACAAGCAGCAGGUGAAGAAGAGCUACCAGAGUCUUCAUCAGCAGCUGGAGAGCCACAACCACAAGGUAACCAGGGGUGACCUGGAGAAGCUAAAGGCGACAUAUCGUCAGCUGAGCCGCGACGCAAACAACGCCAAAGAGAAAUACAGAGAAGCUCUGGCCAAAGGCCGGGAGGCGGAGCGUGCCCGUGAGCGUUAUGACAAAGCGACAACGAAGCUCCAUGUCCUCCAUAACCAGUACGUCCUGGCGGUGUGUGGAGCUCAGACCCAGCAGGACAACCACCGCAGGAACGCCGGCCCUGCCCUGCUGGACGGACUGCAGAGGAUGCAGGAGGACAUGACGCUGGCCCUUAAAAGUAUCCUGGAGGAGUACUGUGAGAUCAGCAGCCUGCUGACUGAGGAGGUGGUGAAGGUCCACCAGGAGAUCUCAGCAGCCGUCCAGCAGAUCGACCCUCUGACUGAGUACCAGCACUUUAUCGAUGCCUACAGGUCUCCAGAGACUCCGGAGGCAAACGUGGAGUUCGAUGCGUCCCUGUUGGAGGACACGGACAACCUGCCGGCCAAUGAGCUGCUGUGGAACACGCUGACAGCUGACAGCCUGCAGUCCAUCGUGUCAUCAGCAACAGAGGAACUGGCGCUGACUCAGCAGAACCUGCGGACCAAGGAGGCGCUGGCCGAUGACCUUGACAGAAAAAUCCAGAUGAGUCAGCAAAGCGCUGAAAGGAACAGCGACUGUGUCCUCCUGCUGAGUCAGAAAUUGUCCCUCCUUGAGCUCCGUCAAACUGUCCAAUCCCUGCGCAGCUCUGAGGCCUGUCUCUCUUCCCAGAAGGCCCUUCUGGACGCCAAGAUGGCCACUGCUGCCUCCCCUCCCCCCGCUCCACCUCCCCCUGCUCUACCGUAUGAGGACGAUGCUCGCUCCGUGGGCUCCACCGUAAAUACCACCAUUAUUAUUAUUAUUAAUUAUAUCUGUCUCUCUGUCCUCUCAUGUCUGUCUCUCUGUUCCUUCCAGGAUAAGUCGAAGGAACGUAGUUCUCGGUUCGACACUCUUCGUCAUUCUCUGGCGGGGAUGAUCCGUUCUCCUAAAGUGAUGCUGGGUUCUUCCACCUCGUUCUUCGAUGUGAUCCCCACGUCAGAGCGCCCCCUGGCGGAGCAGGAGUGGUACCACGGAGCCAUCCCUCGCACCGAGGCCCAGGAGUUGCUACGGCAACAGGGAGACUUCCUGGUCAGAGAGAGUCACGGCAAACCGGGAGAAUACGUCCUGUCGGUGUUUUCUGAUGAGCAGCGGCGACACUUCAUCAUCCAGUACGCAGACAGUCAGUAUCGCUUUGAAGGGACUGGCUUCUCCACCAUCCCUCAGCUCAUCGAGCACCACUUCUCCACCAAACAGGUCAUCACCAAGAAGUCUGGAGUUGUGCUGCUCAACCCCGUUGUCAAGGACAAGAAAUGGAUCCUGAACCAUGAGGAUGUUCUGCUGGGAGAGCUGCUGGGAAAGGGGAACUUUGGGGAGGUGUUCAAAGGGACGCUGCAGCGCGACAAAAUGCCGGUCGCCGUUAAAACGUGUAAAGAAGAUUUACCUCCUGAGCUGAAGAUCCGUUUCCUGUCGGAGGCCAGGAUCCUGAAGCAGUACGACCACCCGAACAUCGUGAAGCUUAUUGGUGUUUGUACGCAGCGUCAGCCCAUCUACAUCGUCAUGGAGCUAGUUCCUGGUGGAGACUUCCUGUCCUUUCUGAGGAAGAGGAAGGACGAGUUGAAGACGAAGCAACUGCUGCGCUUUGCUGUUGAUGCUGCAGCGGGAAUGGCUUACCUGGAGAGCAAGAACUGCAUCCACAGGGACCUGGCAGCCAGGAACUGUCUGGUGGGGGACAGCAGUGUGUUGAAGAUCAGCGACUUUGGGAUGUCUCGUCAGGAGGAUGACGGAGUUUAUUCUUCAUCAGGACUCAAACAGAUUCCCAUCAAAUGGACCGCACCUGAGGCCCUGAACUACGGCCGCUACAGCUCGGAGAGCGACGUGUGGAGCUAUGGCAUCCUGCUGUGGGAAACCUUCAGUCUGGGGGUGUGUCCUUAUCCUGGGAUGACCAAUCAGCAAGCCCGAGAGCAGGUGGAGAAAGGUUACAGGAUGGCGUGUCCUCAGCGUUGUCCUGACGACGUGUACAAACUGAUGCAGCGCUGCUGGCAGUACAACCCCGAAGACCGCCCCAAGUUCUCCGAGCUGCAGCGAGACCUGGCUGCUAUCAAGAGGAAGUGAUGUCACCAGCAGGAAGUGAUGUCAUCAGCAGGAGACACUUUUAUUUAUGUUUAUCCAAAAGGGGCAUAACCAGUAAGUGGGCGUGACCACCAAGUGGGUGUGGCUUUAGUAUGUCUUCAAUCAGCUGAUCACUAAUAUGGAGAUAAAAAUUAAAUAAAAAAUUUAAAUUAAUUUAAAUUGAAUUUAAAUUUCAAUUCAGUUACAGCAGAAAACGGUAAACAAACUGUAAACAAACACUAAAACAGUAACCAUACAGUAAACAAACACUAAAUGAGUAAACAAACACUAAGUAAAUAAGCUGUAAACAAACACUAAAAGAGUAAACAAACAGUAGACAAACGCUAAAACAGUAAACAAACAGUAAACAAAAUGUAAACAGGCACUAAAAGAGUACACAAACAGUAAACACUAAAACAGCAAACAAGCAACAGUAAAGAAACUAAACAGUGAGCGAAAUGUAAAAAAAACACUGAAACCAAAACAAAUGGUAAAAAAACAGUAAACACUGAAAAAGUAAACUAACAGUAAAUAAACAGUCAACAAACAGUAAAUAAACAGUAAACAAUCUUCAGCUUUAAUUUUCAACUCUUUCCAAAAUGAGGAAAAAUUGUGAAGCUGUUAAGCCACGCCCCCUUCACGCCAACUGACCUGUAACCAUGGCAACAGAUCCAUUUCAUUGUGGACCAAUCAGCCCUUAACAAGUUUUUUUUAAUCUUUACUGAUUUUUAUUUUUAUUUAUUGUUUUUAUUAGUUUAUGAUCCGAGCGGUCAAUCUUCACAGACCACGCCUACCUGAAGCCUUAUUUCGACCAAUCAGUGAACUCCACCAUUAACCAGUUAAAUUAAAACAUCACAAGCACUUUGUUUAUUGCACUGGUUGUCAUGGUAACUGAACUGUGAGUCCUGAUUGGUCAGCAUCACUUCCUGAACUGUGUGAGGGCGGAGCCUGAAUGUUGGCAUUGUCAGAGCUGGAAGCUCCGCCUACUGACUGUUACUGUAAAUAAUCACUAAUCGUCUGUGUUUUCUAUUUGUUUAAACUCUUUAUAACGUUAUCAUUUAUUAUGAAAAUAAAACAUUCAAAGUGAAAAUAAACAAAAUAUUUCCAGUA